AUGGCCCCCAACUCGCGUAUCAUCCUCACCCGCCACGCCCAGGCCGAGCACAACGUCGACCUCGACUACAGCAUCCCCGAUGCGCCGCUCACGCCCCUGGGUAAGAAGCAGGCCGCCUCGCUGUCGCGUCAGAUGUCCGACCUGCAGAAGGAAGCCGACCUGAUCGUCUCCUCGCCCCUGCGGCGCACCCUGCAGACCACAUAUAUGGGCUGGGCGCCGGCAGUAGAGCGUCUCGGCGGCCUGAAGAAGGUCGUCUGCCUGCCCCAGGCCCAAGAAUGCAACGACCACCCAUGCGACACGGGCUCGCCGCGGGAGAAGUUGGAGGCGGACCCGGAGUUCGCGUCCUUCAACCUCGAGCCGCUGACCCCGGACUGGACGAGCAAGCGCGGGUUCUGGGCCGCGGACGAGGCUUCCCUCAAUGCUCGCGCGAACUGGGUGCGCAAGUUCCUGCGCGAUCGCCCCGAGAAGAACAUCGUGCUCGUUGCUCACGGCGAUAUCUUGCGUCGCAUCACGGCGACCCCGAAGGGCAACAGUGGGUACAAUUGGAAGAACGCUGAGGUGCGCAUCUUUGAAUUCGACCCCAAAUCUGUCGAGUCGGAGGAAUGCUGGCUGUACCAGAAGGAAGAUGUUGCAGCUGCCGGCGGGUACGGACCCACGAGUACGGAAUUGGACAUUGAGGAGGCAGCCGGGAAGCUCUGA